UUACUCAAUAUAGAAACAUGAUGUUAUAUUCGGCAUUGCAGUAGCACCACAGGGUGCUAAUAAAUGCACUGACUUAAAAUUUUAUUGACCAAUAAAAUGGAAAAAAAAAAAUAAACAGCUGAAGAAGAAAGAAACAUCUCAAACAUGUAUGUGUGAUAGAAGAAAAGUGUACGUGCAGGGGGUUCAGUUAGAGAGACGUUGCAUGUGUUUGGUAUAAGACCAUAUGCAAACCACAGAACACAGGAAAUAAUGCAGAAGGAAACACAAACACGCUCUAGUUGGACCAUUUGUAUUCUCUCUCUCUCUCCCCUUUUCAUUUUGUCUCUGACUCUCGACUUUUCCGUUGGUGGUAAAAGUGGGGCGGGGUUAAAUCUUAAUUUGGCAUGUUUGUAUGGGCAUGAGCACUGAGCUCUCUUAAUCUCUUUAAUUCUUCACUUGGCCAGACCGCAAAUUCACACUACAUAGGCAACAGGAUUCAGAUUAUGGGAAAUAACUCAUGCUUAAUGGGAAGAAAAGACAAACAUCAAGACGGCGGACAGAGAGAACAGCCUAAGGAGGAUGUUCUCUAUGCCACCAUCGAUCAUGCAAAUGAAAAGAUAGCGGGCCAGCCCAAAAAGACUGGCAGAAAAAACUCCAUGGACAGUGACUGUGAUUAUGCUGAAGUCAAGCUUCCCACUGAGACAAAAAGAAAAACGGAUAACAGCGAUGACUGUGCAGACGACUAUGUCCUGAUGAGCUGAGCUUAAAAGCAUUGUGUGCUUAACUCACCGUUAGCUAUAUUUAUUUAGAGUCUGUUCUGCAAAAUACAUGCUUGCAACAUGUAUUGUGAAUCUUAUUUACGUCUUGGACUCUGUUGGUUAAUUGCGUGCACCUUAUCUUAUCAGCAGGGAUUUAGUUCUUUGUCUAUACAAAAAUCCACAUCAAUAAUAAAUGAGGACAAUAACCAACAUGUUAA